AUGACAUCCCAUCAUGCCUGUGAGAUGCUCGUUUUCCUCAGUGUAUUCCUGAUUUUAUAUACACCACAAUGCAAUGGAGGGAGUAUUCUUGCGCUUCCUUUAGAUGGCAGUCACUGGAUCAAUAUGAAAAUCCUUCUAGAAGAACUUCAUGCCAGAGGACACAAUCUCACUGUGAUCAGGGCCUCCACGAGCUGGUACAUCCCUGAAAAGUCGGAUCUAUACACAUCCAUUACAGUUGAAAUGGCUGUAAAUUAUGAGGACCUUUUAGAUGUGUUCCUACAGGAGCAGAUAAAGGUGCAAAGAGAGGGAGGACCAUUGACCUUCUUCAAACUCACCAAGGGUUUAAUAUCUUUGCUUUCUCGUGGCCAUUCAUUGUGGUAUGAUGCGAUCAAACAUAUUUUUGAUGAUCAAAAUAUGGUCCAAAGAUUAAGAGAUUCCCAGUAUGAUCUGGUUCUAACUGAUCCAGCUUUGGCCCCAGGGGUCAUUCUAGCCAAAUAUCUCAAGCUUCCCUUAGUGCUCAACGUACGCUGGAUCACCAGUGGAGAAGGCCACUUUGUGUUAGCUCCCUCACCCCUGUCUUAUAUCCCAGUUCCAGGAUCCGGCUUAACAGACAAAAUGAAUUUCAUCCAGAGGAUCAAGAACAUUUUUUUCCAUGCCAUUUUAUUAUUUCAGCAGAAAUUUUUAGUGGAUCCAGUCUAUGAUGACAUGUGUGAGAAAUAUAUUGAGGGUGGAUGUGACAUCAUCUCACUACUACAGGAAGCAGACAUUUGGCUGUUCAGGUCAGAUUUUGUGUUUGAAUUCCCUCGCCCCACUAUGCCAAAUGUUGUCUAUAUAGGAGGAUUUCAGUGCAAACCAGCUCAGCCGCUGCCAGCAGAGCUGGAGGAGUUUGUACAGUGCGCUGGGGAACAUGGAGUCAUCAUCAUGACUCUGGGAACUUUAAUCAAUGCUUUGCCCAAAGAGCUUACGGAGGAAAUCGCCAGUGUGUUUGCCAAGAUGCCCCAAAAGGUGAUCUGGAAGCAUAAAGGAGACCGACCCUCUACACUGGGAAACAACACUCUAAUAGUGGACUGGAUGCCACAGAAAGAUCUUCUGGGUCAUCCACAGACCAAAGUCUUUGUAGCACAUGGAGGAACUAAUGGUGUCCAGGAGGCCAUUUACUAUGGGGUCCCUGUGCUCGGCAUACCUGUGUUUUUUGACCAGUAUGACAACCUUCUACGACUGCAGGAGAAAGGUGCUGCAAAGAUGAUUCAGCUAGUUGAUGUUAAUGGCCACAGUUUUGAGCAAGGCCUUAAGGAAGUGAUCCACCAAGAGAGCUACAGGCAGAACAUUCAAAGACUGUCACGGUUGCACAGAGAUCAGCCAAUAACACCCAUGGAGAAGGCAGUCUUCUGGGUAGAAUAUGUGAUGCGCCACAAAGGGGCUCGUCACCUGCGUACAGAGGCUUAUAAGAUGCCCUGGUACUCUUACUACUGUUUAGAUGUAGUGCUCAUAUUACUGUCUGCAGUCACUGCACUGCUUCUCUCUAUUGUGGCUGUUUUCAGAUUUCUGUGCUGCCGAAGACAAAGAAAGAUAAAAACUAAACAAAGCUAA